UUAUCUACCUUGAGAUCUGGGACUCUGUAGAUUUGCCCUAAGAGCAGAAUGAUUACUUGCUAAAUAUCAUUUUAUCGCCUCUUAUUUUUCUUUUAGGACGGACAUUUCAGAACACCUUGGACCUGCUCAGUACAAUAUGUCAGCUGUCAAUGAUACAAAAUUAAAAUCUGUAAUAUUCCUUCUCUCCGGGCUACCAAGUCAUGGAGAUGCACAUCUCUGGAUUUCUGUCCCCUUCUGUUUCAUGUAUGUUAUUUCUAUAUUAGGAAAUUCAGUUAUUCUGUUCAUUGUAAAAACAGAUCGAAGCCUGCAUGAGCCCAUGUACAUUUUCCUUUCCAUGUUGGCCGUCACAGACCUUGGCAUAUCGAUAACCACCAUACCGACGAUAAUGGGCAUAUACUUGUUUAACUCAAGGGAGAUCAGCCUCGAUGCCUGUUUAGCCCAGCUCUUCUUCAUCCACUUGCUUCAAUGCAUUCAAUCCUCUGUGCUGUUGUUAAUGGCCUUUGACCGCUUCAUUGCAAUUUAUAACCCGCUGAGAUAUGCUUCCAUUUUAAACCUAUCGAGAAUAGCAAAGAUGGGAGUGGUGGCUGUGCUAAGAGCGAUGGUCAUAAAACUUCCACUUCCCUUUCUCCUGAAACAGUUCCAAUACUGUCGAGCCAAUGUCCUCUCCCAUUCCUACUGCCUGCACCGGGAGGUCAUGAAGAUGGCUUGUUCAGAUAUCACAGUCAACAGCAUCUUUGGAUUGUUUACUAAACUCAUAACAAUGGGGUUGGACUCACUGCUCAUCUUCCUCUCUUAUGUGAUGAUCCUUAAAACAGUGCUGAGCAUCGCGUCCUACAAGGAGUCCCUGAGGGCCCUGAACACCUGCGUCUCCCACCUCUGCGCUCUCCUACUCUUUUUCAUACCAGAGAUCAGCUUGUCUCUGAUACACAGAUUCGGGGAGGGCUCUGAUCCCUUACUUCAGAUUCUCCUGGGCUACAUCUCCCUGCUUCUCCCACCGAUGAUGAAUCCAAUCGUGUACAGUGUGAAAAGCAAACACCUUCGUGUGAGGAUAAUCAGGGUGUUCAUCAAGUGAAGGGUCAGUUCACCACCUGGGUCCUGUGACAUGGGAGACAAAAAACAUGGGCCACCUAUUCCAUCCUGGACCCCUACAUCCGAGAUGACAUGAGUUAUUGAUCUCCACUAUAUAGAGAGGUUCAGACGGGGUCUAAGCCUGGUGAGGGAGGACAGGGAUGGUGAGGGAGGACAGGGCACUGGGGGAGGGAGAACAUGGCAGGCAGCAGCAUUAACAAAGUGACUGUUUGUGGAGAGCCAGGGGAUUGUUGGGCUGUUGGCCCAUAAAGAGGUGUAUUGGUGGCUGCUCUGACCUCACAAUUCCUGUCGAUAGUCAAUAAAGAGAAGGAAUGUGGAUACUGUUUCCCAUUACACCUGGCCUGUCACUGUCCCGUCUCUGGCUAAACACCCAAGGGCUAUGAAAACAGCUGCAGAGCUAUUCACAAUCCUGUUCCCCCCUGAGCGCUCUAGGUGCAGUAUGACCAAUGGGUGCUGCACCAGCUGUGGACGGGGGCUAUUCAAGGGGCAUGGACAGCCACUCUUCUCCUACACCCUCAGCCAGGUGAUUGUGUCUGAGUUAUGUCAGAGACAUGAUUAACACAGGAGAACCAGCAAAACCCAUUCAGGCAACCCUUCCAUUAAUGGCUUUGCACACAGCACACCUGCCAGGUCCACUCCCCACUGAGGCAGGGCAGAACUGCCUGUAUCAGUAAGCGUCUGACACACAGGAGUAAAGGUAAGAAACUCAGGCCUAGGUUCCCUCCCAGUCUGCACAAUCUGUUCUGCCCCAGCAAUGCAAAACAGUGGAAAUUGGCCUCACCUCAGGCCCAACUAGCUCCUAUCCCAGCCCAGCCCAUUCAGUGUAGGGUGACCACCUUUUCAAAAGGCAAAAUCAGGACACAUGCUGGGAGUCUGGUCCCCUCGGUGACCCCACCCCUGCCCCUCUUCUUCUCCCUGGAGGCCCCACUCCCUGCUCCUCUUCUUCCACCAGGACUCCACCCCCUGUCCAGGCCAGAAGCCAGAGCCAGGCCUUAGAAAGAGCUGAUCAGGGAGCCAAAUCCUCUGUGGGGAGCUCCAGAUCCUCCACCUCCCCUGGGACAGGGACAGGGGGAACAGGAGAAUGUGCCAACCUCUCUCUCUGCCCCUCAGGACGCAUCCCCAGAGAAGGUCGAGAGUCUGGGAAUCCCCAGAGCAGCCUGGGCUCCCAGGGUAGCUGUAACCGUGCUUUUGUGGAUCACAACUAUGAAUAGCAAAUUCAGGACAAACUGUGGAGAAAAAGGACAGACAGACCCCAAAACUAAUGAUUAUUCUACCAUGAGAUAUACUAAACCAGCAACACAAAGUUACCUUCUCUUUCACUACAAUGGCUAACAAGAAGUCAUAGAAGCAGUUUCCUUAGAUAUUCCAGGCUUAUAUCCCCAUCAAAAACACUAGAGUUAAAGAUGGGUGGUUCUUUAAAAUAAUAACAGGUGCUUCUGAUCCCAAAGGACAAACCGCACA